AUGUGCGCGGAACGUGAGGUAUUUGUACUGGAUGACGGGAGCGAAGUGGAUCUCGAUCUCGGCAAUUAUGAACGAUUUCUGAAUGUGCGCCUCUCUCGCGAUAACAACAUCACCACCGGCAAGAUAUAUCAGCAGGUUAUUGAGCGCGAAAGACGUGGUGAUUAUCUGGGGAAGACUGUGCAAACAAUUCCACACAUAACCGGUGCAAUCAUCGAAUGGGUGGAACGCGUUGCCGCCAUUCCGGUUGAUGGGAGCGAUAAACGACCCGAUGUUUGCAUCAUUGAACUUGGUGGUACUAUUGGCGAUAUUGAGGGAAUGCCUUUUGUUGCCGCUUUUGAGAAAUUCCAGCGGCCGGCGUUCAGAGACCGUCUUAUGACAGUUCAUGUCUCACUUAUCGUCGAUCCAAAAAGCACUGGCGAGCCGAAGACCAAACCAAUGCAAAACAGCAUGCGCCAUUUGCGUGCCAGCGGUUUAGUACCAGAUUUGCUGGUUUGUCGAAGUGAACAGCAACUAAGCAAUGCAUUGCGCGAUAAAAUUGCCGCUUUUGGCAUGUUGGAACCCGAACAGGUGGUCUGCAUUUAUGACGUUAAAAAUAUCUAUGAAGUUCCGCUUUUGCUUCAUAGCGCAAAUACGCUUCCAAUGAUUAUUGAUCGUUUGAAGCUGCCCAGCCCGAGAAACCUGCUGGCGAAGCAGAAUCUUUAUCAAUGGAUUUUCCUUUCCAAUUCGUAG